AUGGAUGAAUCAGUUCUAUGGUGUAGUCUACUCGUUGUAGUUGACUUCUACUUCUUACCUAACGAAAGGUAGAAGUAGAAGUCAACUACAACGAGUAGUUGACUUCUACUCGUUGUAGUUGACCUACUUCUGGUGUCUGUGUUUACCUUAGACUUGGUAUUAGUAUCUAUUCUUCAAAGAAGUCACCCUCUCUUCAACAACAAGAAUCUACUCUUCAACAAGGUGGAGUGUGAUCGUCAUGCCUCUGCACCACGGGCUAAAAAAAGCAGAAAAAACCAGUAUUGGAUUAUCAGCUGGAAUGACAUUGACCAUAAGAUGAAUGAACAACCACAUUGUAGAUAGCUUCAUAGCUAAGUCCCAGGAGUUUAAUACUAAUUUUUAGUCUUCUCCCUACUUCUGCCGGACAAGAGUUGUAGAUACUACCUAGAAGUCUACUUAGUACAACUACUUAGUACAACAUUGAUGAUCAAAUAAUUGGGAUUCGAAUUGUUCUCUAAAGAUAACGUUGUAGACUUGGAAUCAUUUUCAAUAGAAGUUGCAAGCUUGAUAUGGACGGAUUAGGACUACAUGCAAAAUAAUCAAGUUCUUUG